CAUAAGGCGGAAGCCAUGGCGGAGGCGGCGGCUGCGGCGGGCGGGACCGGCGCGGGCGCGGGCUCCGGGUCUGCAGCGGACCGGGACCGGGCCCCGGAGCGGGACCGCGCCGGGCGAAGGCUGAGAGUUCUGUCCGGCCAUCUGCUGGGCCGGCCCCAGGAGGCUCUGAGUACCAAUGAGUGCAAAGCGCGGAGAGCCGCGGCGGCGACCGCGGCGGCGCCCACUGCCACUCCCGCCGCGCAGGAGUCGGGUACCAUCCCCAAGAAGCGGCAAGAAGUUAUGAAAUGGAAUGGAUGGGGAUAUAAUGAUUCCAAGUUUUUCUUCAAUAAGAAAGGACAAGUUGAGUUGACUGGGAAAAGGUACCCUCUUAGUGGCAUGAUUUUGCCAACUUUUAAAGAGUGGAUCCAAAAUACCCUUGGAGCAAGUCUGGAGCAUAAAACUACCUCUAAAGCAUCCUUAAAUCCUAGUGAUACACCUCCUUCUAUUGUAAGUGAAGAUUUUCUUCAUGACCUUAAAGAAACUAAUAUUUCAUAUUCACAAGAAGCAGAUGAUCGAGUAUUUAGAGCUCAUGGUCAUUGUCUUCAUGAGAUAUUUUUGCUCAGGGAAGGAAUGUUUCAGCGAAUUCCUGAUAUAGUUUUAUGGCCAACAUGUCAUGAUGAUGUAGUUAAGAUUGUGAAUCUAGCGUGCAAAUAUAACCUUUGUAUCAUACCAAUUGGUGGAGGAACAAAUGUUUCAUGUGGCCUGAUGUGUCCUGCAGAUGAGACAAGAACAAUUAUUUCUUUGGACACUUCACAAAUGAAUCGCAUCCUCUGGGUUGAUGAGAACAAUCUGACAGCUCAUGUAGAGGCUGGCAUAACAGGACAAGAGUUGGAAAGACAACUUAAAGAAAGUGGUUAUUGUACAGGUCAUGAACCAGAUUCCCUGGAAUUCAGCACUGUGGGAGGAUGGGUAUCUACUCGGGCAUCAGGCAUGAAGAAGAAUAUCUACGGCAAUAUUGAGGACUUGGUGGUUCAUAUAAAAAUGGUAACACCUAGAGGUAUAAUAGAAAAAAGCUGUCAAGGACCUCGUAUGUCAACAGGCCCUGAUAUCCAUCACUUCAUCAUGGGAUCUGAAGGAACCCUUGGUGUGAUAACAGAAGCUACAAUAAAAAUCAGACCAAUCCCUGAAUACCAAAAGUAUGGCUCAGUAGCUUUCCCUAAUUUUGAACAAGGAGUAGCCUGUUUAAGAGAAAUUGCAAAACAGAGAUGUGCUCCCGCAUCUAUUCGCCUCAUGGACAACCAGCAAUUUCAGUUUGGUCAUGCUCUUAAACCUCAGGUUUCCUCUAUUUUUACAUCAUUUUUGGAUGGAUUAAAAAAGUUUUAUAUUACAAAGUUUAAAGGAUUUGAUCCAAAUCAGCUAAGUGUUGCUACAUUACUGUUUGAGGGGGACCGUGAGAAGGUGCUUCAACAUGAAAAACAAGUGUAUGACAUUGCUGCAAAAUUUGGUGGGUUGGCAGCUGGAGAAGAUAAUGGACAGAGAGGUUAUUUGCUGACCUAUGUCAUUGCAUAUAUUCGAGACUUGGGUUUGGAAUACUAUAUAUUAGGAGAAUCUUUUGAGACUUCGGCUCCUUGGGACAGGGUUGUAGAUCUCUGCAGAAAUGUAAAAGAAAGGAUAACAAGGGAAUGCAAAGAAAGGGGUGUUCAGUUUGCUCCUCUUUCUACAUGCAGGGUGACACAGACUUAUGAUGCAGGCGCAUGUAUCUAUUUCUACUUUGCCUUUAACUACAGGGGAAUCAGUGACCCACUGACUGUGUUUGAACAAACUGAGGCAGCUGCUAGAGAAGAAAUCCUCGCUAAUGGAGGGAGCCUGUCACAUCACCAUGGAGUGGGCAAGUUACGGAAGCAGUGGCUAAAGGAAAGUAUCUCUGAUGUCGGCUUUGGGAUGCUGAAGUCUGUCAAGGAAUAUGUGGACCCCAAUAACAUCUUUGGAAACAGAAACCUUUUAUAAAUCCAUUACUAUUGUUAUGAAAAAUGUCACUUUUUUUUUUUUUGAAAUCUUUAACUACGGUUAUACCAGUAAUCAAAUAUAUCAUGGACUUUAUUUCAGCUACAUUUGUUUGUUGGUUUAAAAUAAGUUUGUUCCAUUCUGUAGUUUGUUUUGUUCCUACAUCUAUGGAUUGACAGAUGGUCUUCCUAAAUCUCUCUCAUUGUAGGUACAUCAGUUUACAGCCAACUGGUUGUCAUUUCAAAUUUCAGUCAGGCUGCCAGUUGUCAUUUCAGAAGAAGAUGCUGCCAGCUGUUUUGUAUUGAUGCUUCUUCUUGAGAACAAGGCAGAAUUUGGUGUCAUCUAUUGUUUCUCUAGCCUCUUUUUAAAAGUUUCUGGGAAGCAGCUAUCUAGGGAAAGAUUCUACCGAGGAGUGAUAUGCAUGUGUGUUUUUUUAAGAGUGCAUUCUAGUGUAAGUAGGCCAUUAUGGGAGGGUACCCAUGAAAGAAUAUAGGCAAUCUCUUACUUAGGAUGUCUUCAGUUCUGUAAGGUGCUUGGCCUACAUUUUUCUUUGAAAUUAGUAUAGUUAUAAAACCUUAAAUCCUUAGAUGAUUUGUUCUGUCAGGGGACACGAUUUUUGUUCUCCAUGUUUCUGUUUCUACUGAGGUGUGAGUUAUAUUUGUAUCACUGAGAUAACAUUGUUAAAUCCUAAUUCAUUCAUAAUAUGUUUUAUAAGAAAAGCUGACUUAUCACUCAUUGUACGUGAAGAACAGGUUUGCCACGAAAGGAAUGCCUUUAUUCAGCAUAGAGUCCUAAUGUUUCUCAUUUCACAUUCUUGUUGCUGAGACUCAGAAGAAGCUGCGAUGGGAGCAGAAGGAAAGCUCCUUAAACUGAAUGUCUCCAGUUCAAAGAAUUGUUGGGCUAAAGAAACACAGUCAUCAUUCAGCUACUGAAUUUGAAAACCUCAACCCGUUUCAAUGACAAAACCCAUUUAAAAAAAAAUUAACCCAAACAACUUGAUAAAUUUUCAUGUAAAAGUAAAGUUUCAAUUUAGUUCUUAAUAAUAGUUUAAUGCUUUUUUUUUUGAAUUACUGGUUUAACCUAAAUUUAAAAAAAAUUAAUAAACAUGCCAUAAUCAAAAGUUUAAAAUAUAUUUCUUAAAAGGGAGAGCAUUAACCACAUUUAACAAACAUUUUUACAUUCAAACCUAGACAUUAAAAUAAAUGAAAAGAUUACUUUGAGUCACUGUCUGUCAAGGUUCAUGAUUCAUAUUUUGAGAUGGAUUCUUUUCUUAAUGCAAUACCUAACUUUUGAUAAUUUUUUAAAAUUAAUAUUUGAUCAGCUAAUGUUAAGUCAAAAUGCAGACGAUCCUUUAAAAGGACACACUGUCUGUGUAGCAACAGCUCCAGAGUAUUUUUGGGCAGUUUGAUACCUUUUAUAUCUGAAGUAGCCUUAACCAGAAAAGUAAAAAUCUAAAACUGACAAAAUGAUAUUUUUAAGACUUCAAAAUGAUAAAUAAUUUUUAACAAAUAAAAUUGGCCUCAAACUAAUAAACUUAAAUCUGUAAGCAAAUCAAAAUGAAACAUUCGUUUAACAACAGAAACUAUUUAUUUAUUAGAAGCUGCCUCUCUUCACUGGUGAUUUAUUUUUAAUUAUAAAAUUUCCAGGAGAUCUUUACUUAAAGCCCUUGAUAUCUGAAAUAGUUGGAUAUUUGAUGGGGAAAUUACACUGACCUCUAGAAUUAUAAAAAUCUCAGCUUUAAAAAAUACAUCUAUUCAUGAAGGUAAUUUCUCUGUUAUCAAAAUUAUUAAUGAUUAUCAAAAUGUCAAAAUUAAUACAGUACUAAUCUCAAUGGAGUGUAUACAUGUUUCUGAGUAAUUUUUUUAAUAAAACUUACAGAUUCAUAAGCAGAUCAAUUCCUUUGCACGUGAUUGUUACAACGUUCUUUCCCAGGAAGUUCAGAUUUCAGCAACCUCAGAAAUCUGUAUAUGAUAUUAGGAAACUACAAAUGUAACACCGGAAAUUGUUGGGUUCACUAGUUCACUAUUCUACAUGAACCUUAUGGAAAUUAGUGAUUUAUGCUUUUGUUUUUCUUCUCCCAUGUAUGCACAACUCCCCAGCCUUGAUUUUACAGUGAGGACUACAUUUUGCAGUUGGAAUCAUUUCUACAGGGAUCAUUUAGAAACACAUGAACACUCUUCAGUACUGUUUCACUCUGAUUUAGUAAACCAGAAAGCCUCUCCCCACUUUCACACACCCGCUUCUGAGAGGUGCUUCAGCAUAUACUUAGCAUUUGUGGAGAGCUGAGUUCUUGAAUAUGCACAGAAGUACUUAAAACCUUGCCUCAUAUUUCUGAAAUAUCUGAAAAUGGCUUCUUAAAAUCUGGGGAACAUUGUUUAUGUGAGGCAUCUUAACUCAUUUUGAGUAAGUUUGUUUAUGUAGACUAUUUGGUUUUCAGUACUGCAUAACACCGACUUGUCUUUCUUAAAUUAGUCAUAUUUCUAAUAUUUUAUUUGAAGAUAUCAUAUCUGGGUUGGGGUUUUAGUGGGAAUGGGAACUUGCUGCUACUGAGAAAUGACAUUGAAUAUUAAAGACUCAGAGUGAACAGGCUUUACUGACCCUUAGAGAACUGUUGCCUUAAUGUUUGGUGCACUUGACAGUGCAUAAGUGAGUUUAGUCUCAUGCUGAGUAACAUGAACUUUUUUAGUUUAGUAAGAAUUGCAGAAGCCACAUGUUUAUUGUGCCCAGCAUUUGCCACAAAGAAAAAGGAUUAAAUUCUUUCCUCUUCAGAGAAUUGGGAGUUUUCUUCCUAAACGCUUUCAUAUUGUAAUACUAUUACUUAAAAGCUAUUUGUGAAGCUGGAAGCCUUGUAGUAUAUGUAGCUGUGUUGAUGCAUUUUGGAAAACAAAAGCACAAUGAAGGAUGAGCUUCCAUCGGUGUGUGUAUGAUGCAAGAUACAGAUGGUUGCAAGAAAACCUCUUUUUCAGAAUAUUCUCUUAGUAACUGCUGAGUCCUCGCUUGCAUUUUUCAAAAUGCCUUUUGCAUGUUGGCUCCAGAGAUUUUCCGUUGUCAUAUUCUUUUAUAGUUGCAACUUUUUAAACAUACCUGAUCAGAGAAGCCCUGUGGUCCCAAGCUGAAGCCUGUAACCUUGGCUGUUCAAAUGGGCUGAGUUUGGUUGAACAUCUGUUCUAUGUAAAUGGAGAACACAAACUAUUGUAGAUCCAUUCACAAACUGCGUGUGCUGGUGCUUAAAGCAGCCAAGAUAGAAUUCUGUGGAAAGCAUAUCUACAUUUUAAGAAACACUGAGACAGGAGUUAAGGACAGCUUUAAUAGUUUUUUGUUUACCACUUAAUCUUUAGCAGCUUUGAUUUUAAUUAGGACUUAGCUCAUGGUGGAGAAAAGCGGAAAAUAAGUGCCAGGUUAGGAUUGAAGAAUCCAGCACCACAGUUGGCUUUACGAGUUACGAAUCUUGGUCUUUGCUCAAGGCUUCACGUUCCCAAAUGAGCCACAUGUCAAUAUAUACAUUUAAUCCUUAUUAAUUACAACUUCCUGAGAAGGAAAUAAUGUAUACAUUGAUGCUGAAAUCUAGAAACUGUAAAAGAUUGUUUUAAACUAUUGAAAUGUGGUGUCUGACAUGAAGGAUGUAAGUUACUCAGCUUUCUGCUCCCUAAGCCAAACAGUGUUUGUCUUUAGUGUGAUAUUUAACUGUAAAAACUACCUGUAAUGUCAAAGAUUAUAGAAACAUGUUAUUAAUAAAAUGGACCUGGGUCUAAGAUUUUUUUUUUCUUUAGAGGGAGUGUGAAGCCCUUUGUUCUUCUUUGCAUCUGAGUUUUUCUUUGAAUUUUAGUUUUUCAUCUUCAUAUUUCCACUGAUUUGAAAACAAAAUUAAUUUUUAUAAUUUUAUUAAUGAAGUAUAAUCGGUGCAACCUAAAUAUAACUAAAUCCUUUUGGAUUUAUAGCUGAGUAUGUUGUUAGCUAGGUUUUAUUACUCUCUAAUUAUUCUAAAUCAAUAUUAUAUUCCUAGGAGGUGUUUAGUCUCCUGUGCACCUGAAGCAUUCCCAUUUGAACCUUGGAAGAUCCUCAAAGAAUGAGCACUUCGUGCUCUUCUAACCACAACAAUUCCUUAACAAACGUGAGUAAGGACCACUGAUAAACAGAACACUCAAGCCAAAGAACCAUCACAGAAUUAAGUAAUUUUACUUCUGUGAGUAUGAAAAGAUUUCUUUUUUGGUUCCCAAAGAUUAUUUUAUACUUUUUUUCCCCACAAGAAACAAAAAUAACUCAUUAAGUAUCAUUAAGAAUGUUUUUCAAAGACUCUGAACUUUCAAAUCUAAGAGAGAGAGAAGGAAAAAACAAUGUUUUUAGUGUGGAUUUCUAAGCAGCAUAUAUACAUGUUUUUAAGGCAUCUUAUUGUUGGCAUUGUUUUUCACAAACAGCAUGAGUACCCUGUGAAACAUAUGGUUUACCUCCUAAAGUAAUGUUGUUCAUGUAUCCAAAAAGGACAUGAAAUUCUUGUGCUAGUAUACAGUUUCUAAAAUAAUUAUUUUUUGAGCUAUUUAAAGAAUAUUCCCCAAAGCUCACAGUGCCUUGUUGGGAUUUUUUUUUUCCCCAUGAGAUAGCCAUUAUUUAAAAUGGGUGGGAGAGGAUGAGUCUUUAGAGACAGAUUGUUUAGCAAUUCAAGGCUCUUCCUCUUCAAGAACACAUCAGGAAUUAAGUAGUUGUAUGCAGAAACACGGAACAUCCUUUCCCCAGUGUUGGUUUCGAUCACCUUUUUUAGCAUAUUUAACUAACUGUGUGGUGGACCUGUACUCUCACAUACACCUGUUCAGUCAUUGGGAUUUACAUGUACUCUACGUCUUGCAUUUUCAUUCCUACUAUCCCAACUUAGUAGCCCUAGGAUGUGACUUGGUGGGUGGGGCAUACUCACUCAGUCCCGGAGACACGCACUACACAUUUGGGAUGUUUGCUCACACAGCUCCCUGAGGAGCACAGCCUGGAGUAGGGAGGGUGGGCUGGGGUACCUAUUCCUUAUGUUGUGUGUCAGUCCUUUUUUGUGUGAUGGUGCCUUCAGAAUAAUGAAUAUUUCUGUUUCCAAACAAUGAUAAAUCUUAUAAGAAAUAUGUGUAGGUUAUAUUUCUCAAUUUUUGUCCUUUUUUGCUAAGCCUGUGAAAUACUUUGGCUCUGAUACAACUUGACUUGAAUAAUAUCUUAUCCUGAGUCUUCCUCCAAGGCAGUACGUAUUCCUGCCAGUACUGUAGUCAUCUUUUGGGAACCACAUGUGGGUAAGCACUUGUAUGUAAGCCAUUAUACUGCUGUAACUAAUGCAUACCAACAAUUCUUCUCUUUUUAUUGGUAGUCUUAAAUUGGAUAUGAGGUGGGAGGGAAAAUUUCUGAGAGAUUCCAGCAUAGCUUUGUCAAUUCAGACUGAGCCAUACUAUUUUCCACAAGGGCUCAACACAUAGCCUAUAUACUGUGCUUUCAGUGUAUGUUUAGAUUCUCCUUUUAUUGCUUUUCCUAGACUGUACUGUUCUAUAAGCAAAUGCCCAUGUGUGAUUUUUAAGAUGUGCUGGGAAAAAAAAUAAAACAAUACCAAAACCAC